AUGAAACAGUCACCCUGUGAGAGGACGGAGGACCCCAGGGGGUCGUCCCCCAGGAGGUCGUCCCCCAGGAGGUCGUCCCACAGGAGGUCGUCCCCCAGGAGGUCGUCCCCCAGGAGGUCGUCCCACAGGAGGUCGUCCCCCAGGAGGUCGUCCCACAGGAGGUCGUCCCCCAGGAGGUCGUCCCCCAGGAGGUCGUCCCCCAGGGGGUCGUCCCACAGGAGGUCGUCCCCCAGGAGGUCGUCCCCCAGGAGGUCGUCCCCCAGGAGGUCGUCCCACAGGAGGUCGUCCCCCAGGAGGUCGUCCCCCAGGAGGUCGUCCCCCAGGAGGUCGUCCCCCAGGGGGUCGUCCCACAGGAGGUCGUCCCCCAGGAGGUCGUCCCCCAGGAGGUUGUCCCCCAGGGGGUCGUCCCACAGGAGGUCGUCCCCCAGGAGGUCGUCCCCCAGGAGGUCGUCCCCCAGGGGGUCGUCCCCCAGGGGGUCGUCCCCCAGGAGGUCGUCCCCCAGGAGGUCAUCCCACAGGAGGUUGUCCCCCAGGAGGUCGUCCCAUAGGAAGUGGACAGAUGCUAUUGUUUUUAGCCUUCUUUGAACAGCGUGGCUCCUUCCAGACAGUGCUGUGUUUGGUUUGGUCUAGUCUAUGCUAGCAGGUUAGCUUUGUCCAUGUACAUAUAAACAGUCUAUGCUAGCAGGUUAGCUUUGUCCACGUACAUAUAAACAGUCUCUUAAGGUUGGAGUGUUUUUAUUGUUCUUAAAUUCACAGGUGACAUUUUUAAACAGAUUAUGUAACAUUUGUGAAGCGCCGCUCUGUCCAAAUGUCUCGUGUCUAAAGUUGAAGAAUUUUUAAACAUUUUUAUUAUUAUGAUUGUGUUACAUUAGACUUUUUCUGUCUCGUUUACUUAAAGCCCAGAACCACACGUGAUCGUCCAAUCAGAUUUGUUUAUUUCUGUGACAUGUAAAAUGAAGGAUCUCAUUGGUCGUCAUCAUUUACAAACAGAAUGUGCUCAGUGUCGUGACUCUGCAGAAAUCCUCUGUGAUAUUUGUUCUUUUUCCCUCGUGAGAGGCCGUAUUUGUUUUAUACAGACAGAUCGUGCCGGUCCCUGAUUGGCUAAUCCACCUGUCAAUCACACUCAUGUGAACUCUGGGAGAUUCAGCCACACCCACAUCUGAAAAACCUGUGAAGGACUCU